CAAGUAAGUCUAAUUGCAAGAGUAGUCCUUCAUAUCUUCGUAAUAUCGUAAUAUAAACCAUGGUUACCUUCUUGCACUCGGGUUUCUAACUGCGAAAAUCGUUGAGACAGUUACUCAAAGACAAUGGAUCUUUGGAGCUCGUCAGCUAGGACUACGUCUUCGAGCAGCUUUGAUAUCGCAUAUAUACCAGAAAGGUUUACUUUUAUUAAGUCAAUCUCGGCAAAGCCACACGAGCGGAGAGAUCAUCAACUACAUGAGCGUAGAUGUUCAGAGAAUCACUGACUUCAUUUGGUAUGUAAACAGCAUAUGGAUGUUACCUAUACAGAUUUUCUCAGCGAUUUAUAUCUUGCAAAAACAUCUGGGACUUGGAGCUUUAGCUGCAUUGGUCACAACUUUAAUGGUGAUGGCUUGCAACUACCCAUUGACAAGGCUUCAGAGAAACUACCAAUCAGAUAUCAUGAAUGCCAAAGAUGAUAGAAUGAAAGCAACUUCAGAGAUUCUUAAAAACAUGAAGAUUCUGAAGCUUCAAGCAUGGGAUAACCAGUUUCUCAACAAGGUUAAAACAUUAAGAAAGAAAGAGUAUGAUUGUUUAUGGAAGUCUUUGAGGUUACAAGAUUUCACAACUUUCAUACUUUGGGGAGCUCCUUCAUUGAUCUCUGUGGUGACUUUUGUUACUUGUAUGUUAAUGGGAGUGAAGCUAACAGCUGGAGCAGUCUUAUCUGCUCUUGCAACGUUUCAAAUGUUACAAAGUCCGAUUUUCGGUUUACCUGAUCUCCUCUCAGCGCUUGUUCAGAGCAAGGUUUCUGCAGAUAGAAUAGCUUCUUACUUGCAACAAAGCGAGACUCAGAAAGAUGCAGUUGAGUAUUGCUCAAAUGAUCAUACAGAAUUUAGUGUUGAAAUAGAAAAUGGAGCAUUUAGUUGGGAACCUGAGUCAAGCAGACCAACUCUUGAUGACAUCGAACUGAAAGUAAAAAGCGGAAUGAAAGUGGCGAUCUGCGGAGCUGUAGGAUCAGGAAAAUCAAGCUUACCCUCUUCAAUCUUAGGGGAGAUUCAGAAGCUGAAGGGAACAGUCAGAGUCAGUGGUAAACAAGCUUAUGUUCCACAAUCACCAUGGAUACUAAGCGGGACUAUAAGAGAUAACAUUUUGUUUGGAAGCAUUUAUGAAAGCGAAAAGUAUGAGAGAACUGUUAAAGCAUGUGCUUUGAUAAAGGACUUUGAGCUUUUCUCGAAUGGAGACUUGACAGAGAUUGGAGAGAGAGGGAUAAACAUGAGUGGAGGUCAGAAGCAAAGGAUACAGAUUGCUCGAGCGGUAUAUCAGAACGCUGAUAUAUAUCUACUUGAUGAUCCUUUUAGCGCCGUUGAUGCUCAUACAGGAAGAGAACUCUUUGAAGAUUGCUUAAUGGGGAUACUGAAAGACAAAACUGUACUUUACGUUACCCAUCAAGUCGAGUUUCUUCCAGCAGCAGAUCUAAUCCUGGUGAUGCAAAACGGAAGAGUGAUGCAAGCAGGAAAGUUUGAAGAGCUUCUAAAGCAAAACAUAGGUUUUGAAGUUCUUACUCAGUGUGACUCAGAGCAUAACAUUUCAACAGAGAAUAAAAAGAAAGAAGCAAAGCUAGUGCAAGAUGAAGAAACAGAGAAAGGAGUAAUUGGCAAAGAAGUUUACUUGACAUAUUUAACAACGGUAAAAGGCGGAUUGCUUGUGCCAUUCAUAAUAUUGGCUCAGUCUUGCUUCCAAAUGCUACAGAUUGCUAGCAAUUACUGGAUGGCAUGGACUGCUCCUCCAACUGCUGAAUCCAUACCAAAGUUAGGAAUGGGUCGGAUUUUACUUGUUUAUGCACUUCUUGCUGCAGGAAGUUCACUUUGUGUUUUAGCACGGACUAUUCUAGUCGCGAUAGGUGGACUUUCAACAGCAGAGACGUUCUUCUCAAGGAUGCUCUGCAGCAUUUUCAGAGCUCCAAUGUCAUAUUUCGAUUCAACUCCAACAGGAAGAAUCUUGAACAGGGCAUCCACAGAUCAAAGUGUCCUGGAUUUGGAAAUGGCAGUCAAACUAGGUUGGUGUGCUUUCUCGAUCAUUCAGAUUGUUGGAACCAUCUUCGUCAUGUCGCAAGUUGCUUGGCAAGUGUGUGUCAUCUUCAUUCCAGUAGCAGUAGCCUGCGUGUUUUACCAGAGAUAUUACACACCAACAGAGAGAGAACUGUCACGCAUGUCAGGAGUAGAAAGAGCUCCAAUCCUCCACCAUUUCGCUGAAUCGCUUGCUGGUGCAACAACAAUACGUGCUUUUGAUCAACGAGAUCGCUUCAUUAGCUCAAACCUUGUUCUAAUAGAUAGCCACUCAAGGCCAUGGUUCCAUGUUGCAUCAGCAAUGGAGUGGCUUUCCUUCAGGUUGAAUUUGCUGUCUCAUUUUGUCUUUGCUUUUUCCUUGGUGUUACUUGUGACUCUCCCUGAAGGUGUCAUCAAUCCAAGUAUUGCUGGUCUUGGGGUCACAUAUGGCUUAAGUCUGAAUGUUCUACAAGCCACAGUGAUAUGGAAUAUAUGCAAUGCAGAAAACAAGAUGAUUUCUGUAGAAAGAAUUCUUCAGCACUCUAAGAUCCCCAGUGAAGCACCUCUAGUAAUUGAUGAUCAGAGACCUCUUGAUAACUGGCCAAAUGUAGGAUCAAUCGUCUUCAGAGACCUACAGGUCCGUUAUGCAGAACAUUUCCCAGCUGUCUUGAAGAACAUCACUUGUGCGUUUCCAGGAGGAAAAAAGAUUGGAGUAGUAGGAAGAACAGGAAGCGGCAAAUCAACUUUAAUUCAGGCAUUGUUUAGGAUUGUAGAGCCAAGUCAUGGAACCAUAGUUAUUGAUAAUGUGGAUAUAACCAAGAUAGGUCUACAUGACCUGAGAUCAAGGCUUGGGAUUAUUCCUCAAGAUAAUGCACUAUUUGAUGGAACAAUCAGAUUGAAUCUAGAUCCUCUAGCUCAGUAUACUGAUCGCGAAAUAUGGGAGGCUCUUGAUAAAUGUCAACUGGGAGAUGUUAUUCGUGCAAAGGAUGAGAAGCUGGAUGCUACAGUGGUUGAAAAUGGAGAAAAUUGGAGCGUAGGACAAAGACAGUUAGUCUGUCUUGGGAGGGUGUUGUUGAAGAAAAGCAACAUUCUGGUGCUUGAUGAAGCCACUGCUUCAGUUGAUUCUGCAACUGAUGGUGUAAUACAAAAGAUCAUCAAUCAAGAGUUUAAAGAUCGGACAGUGGUGACUAUUGCACACAGAAUCCACACAGUGAUAGAGAGUGAUCUUGUUCUGGUUCUGAGUGAUGGACGAAUCGCAGAGUUUGAUUCACCUGCAAAACUGCUACAGAGAGAAGAUUCUUUCUUCUCCAAACUCAUAAAAGAGUAUUCGCUGAGAUCUAAUCACUUUGCCGGCUCGAAUGAUCUUCUCAGCUAAAUACCACUAAAAGAUGGAUGAUCUUUUGCAGAGAAAACGAAAUAUCAAUUCCACAGUUAAGCUUAAGUUGAAAGUCUAACUAGUUAUUUAGUACUACAUAAGUUGAACAUAGAAAUGGAGAGAGCACCAUGGUUAGAAGCA